CAGUUCAGAGGCCAUCAUGGCAAAUAAAGCCUGGUGUGCUGCAUGUCUUGUGGGUUUAUGCUGACUGACUGUGGCAUAAUCACUACAAGUGGAAGGGAUAAGAACAUCCAAUCCAUUGGAUUACUUGAAAAUAACAACAUACUUGGUAUGGUAUGGGCACAGACCGGACAUUUAAGAUAACCAUUGAAAUAAAUCUUUUCUCCUUUAUAUUUAACUUAGUAAGCCUCAACUGAAUUCUCCUUUUAAAGCUCUUAAUUAGCUAUGGCAGAUUAGAGCUAGUGGAGGGACCAAGAGAGCUGGUGGUGAAAUAAAUGAAUAGUUUAUCUGUUUUUGGUGUUGUCGAUGGAUAAACUUUGACCAGGACAUCAGGAAAACUCCUAUCCUUCAAAACAGUGCCAUGGAACAGCUUUCUUCAAGGUCAACAGCGAGUGCCAUCGCUGACUGCAAAAUCCAGCUUCUUCCUGGCCACAGCAAACUGACAGAGAGAGUGAAAAAGCGGCUCUACUACAGUCAAGAUUUGGACUACAACAUGGACGCUCUUUCCUGUCCUGUUACUGACAUCGCUGUCGAACUGCUUCAGAAAUCAGCACCGAGUCCCAUCCGAAAACUCCGGAAAAAAUAUGCAGCCCACGUAGCUAGGGAGGCCUGUAUCUCGCCUUGUGCAAUGAUGCUUGCUCUUGUCUACAUUGAGCGGCUACGACAUCGAAAUCCGGAGUACCUGCAACAGAUCUCCUCUUCUGACCUUUUUCUAAUAUCCAUGAUGGUUGCCAGUAAGUAUUUGUACGAUGAGGGAGAAGAAGAGGAGGUGUUUAAUGAUGAGUGGGGAGCCGCGGGCAAGCUGGACGUUCAAGUGGUCAACACUUUGGAGAUGAACUUUCUGCGAGCAAUCGAUUGGAACUUGUACGUAAACACCCAGGAAUUCUUUGAGCUUUUGAGUCGCUUGGAGGGAAGGGUUGCUGAGUCACAAGGAUUGAAAAGAGGCUGGUUCACAUACACAGACUUGUGCGUGAUACUUGAGCAGGCACUGUGGCAACAAGCAUUUACAGAACUCUACCAGCAUGUUGUGAAGGUUGCCUGCAUGAUGGGUCUCGUGUACCUAACCAGCGUUGCAGGAAUUAUCGCUGGUACUGCAGUCCUACGGCAGGCAAUGUGCUCAAAAGGCCAGAUGUAUGUGAUCUCCCAAAAUCAGGAACCUGUUUUGAACCGAGGGGUUAUCCUGGACCCAGUGGAAUGCACACAGGAGGCCAAGUCCUUUCUGUCAACACCAUUCAACGCAGCUGCCGUUAAUGUGGCCUGGCCUCGAGGCUCUCCAUCCAGCCUUCCUUGCUGUUUCGUAGAAACUGACCCUGGCCAUGGGAAGUCUGGCAUUGCAGUGACUGCACUCUGUCUCUGGGGGACUGUCCUGACGUCCCUCACUUACAGCACUGACCUGAGGACAAUCCAAGAGAAGCCUGGAAUCGCACCGCCCAUUUCUUGCUCAAACUGUUGUAAACUUCAAAGUGAGGCCGGGCUGGCUGUCAAAUGCGGGACAUUGAACCAAACGUCUGUCAAGAUUGCCUUUCGUCACACUCCAGUGGAAAUGUAUACCUCCCUCAGUUCACAGAGCACCCCGUCUCCUGUUGGAUGUGACAGCUGCACAAAGCACAUGGAAUUAAACGGAAAGCAACCUCCUUUGACUCUUGGCAUUGAGAGACUGAUGGACAUCCUGUGUCUCCCUGGUUCUCUGAGGAUGAGUAGAUGCCCUGUGGAAACAACAAUGGCAUUUAACCAGCUUGUGAUGCCAGUCUUACCCAGUUAGGGGAAUCAAGCUCCCUUCCGGCAGACUUUGGAAUUGAUAGCUACAGCAAUGUUGAACUGAACUCUCUUUUCCUGAUCCCAGUUAUGAACACUGAAGUAACCUUAAACCCAGAAGUCAAAUCAGCAAGACAGGUGUUAAAGUCACAACACUGUCUCGGUCAGCCACAAAAUCUGGUGGCCAGAAUUGGCAGCUAUACCUAACCUACACAACAGUUAUGAACACCAUGAAUUCAUCAAGUUUGUGUUUGGUAGCCAGCUGGUCAUUGUAUCUUCAAGGCACAAUUGUAAACAUAGGGGACUAUGUUCCUCUCAGCUAACGUGAGCAAUAAACCUGAUUUAUAAAAAGAAACUUCCAUUUAUGUAGACCCUUGUAUCAGAUGUCUCAAGGCACUGAAUUACUUUGAAAUGCAGCAGCUCCUUACAUGGGUGAACAUGGCAGCAGCUUUGUGUGUAGCAGAUCCCACAAAGAAUGACAAGAUGAAUAAUCUGUCUUUAUUUUUGAUGCUGUUGGUUGAGAGAUGAAUGUGGGCACCAUGGUACCAGAAAAUCAGCCUUCAGGCAGAGCUAUGGGAUUUUUCUUCACAUCCAUCUUAAACUGGAACAAGCAGACAGUAACUCUGUUUGACAACUCACCUGAAGAACAGCAUCUCCAGCAAUGCAGCAUCAGCCUAGAGUACGUGCUGAAGUUAAUUAGACCCUGAUGCUGAAUUUUUUCACAGCAAAUGAAGGAAAAUAUAAGGCAGACAUUGUCGGCUGGUUGUAUUUUGUUGACCGUUUACUUUCAUGGGACAUGAUAUAUGUGGGAUUUGUAGAUUCUAAAUCUUAAUUUUUUUUUAUUAUCGCAAUCGAAGGGCUUUUCUAAUGGAAAGGUUUGAUGUAAGUGACUAAGAAUUGGAUAUAGGAUCCAAAAAGGUCCACAUCUCUGAAAUGCUAGCUAUACGUUGGCCGCUGAUGUUGAGAGACAUGAAAUAGGAGAUACCACUUGUAACUUUGGGAACUUUCACAACUGUAAAUGUACUAAAAAUCGCCUUUAAUGCUGUAUGAAUAUGGAUGGUAUUCUGCAUUGUAUUUACAAUGCAGUUUUAGAGUUGGUCCUUGGAGAAUACCAGGAGAUGAGGCUGACUUUCUAAUUUCCUUUCUAACACACCUUUAAAAGGUGUGUUUUUUGUUAACAUAGGUGAUUUCAGUUUUGUUUUAAUACAGCAGUUAGAGAGAUUAUAAAAGUCUGACACAGACAUUAUAACUAAAACAAAACUUUUGAAAUGUUACUUGGGUGGAAAGUAAACCUUGGUUGCCAGAAAGGAUUCGGCAUCAUUUAAGUGAAAAAGCUGACAUUACCACUUUGCUCUGAAGCUCUCUCUGUGCAGCAAUACUCAAGUUCUGUACUACCAAAUGACUGUUGAUCACUUUUUAGUUGCUCCCAAAAGAAUUCAGUGCAUUAAACAGGGCUCUCGUACUUAUAGAACAUGCAGUCAAAAUGUAAACACUUCUGUCCUCCCAAACGAGUGAUUUUGUAUUAUUGGUGCUGACUAUAUUUGUGGCCUGUGAGUUUGUUGAACAUGUCUUUGUCUUAAAUGACGAGCAAACUUUUCUCUAUUCCCCUCCAUCCCCCUACUUAUUUCCUAGUCUUCCUGACUCGCUGUCUUGUGAGGCUACGCAAGUGACCAAUUCCCUCCCUUUUGCUGAUGCUUCUGUGAGCUGACCUGAGUGUGACUGAGAUCAGAAGUUCAGAUGGGGUUACAGUCUGCUUCCUAAGCCUCCUGUUAUUUGGUGGGUUUUAUACACUGAAUAACUGAGCUGAUCAGACCAGGAGGCUUCCAGACCCUAUCACUGGUCAAGUGCUGGUUUUGUUGAUCCCAACCAGGGCAUUUGUAGGAGUUUGGCGGGUUGGAAGGAAAAAAUCUAGACUGCUGCUUCUCAUCACUACCUCAUAGCCUCCCUAGGAGCUUGCAUGUGUAGAGAGGCGAGGACAGGAUUGGAUAUGACUCCCUGACAGUUUAAUAGCCUGCCAGCACUUAGCAUUGAGGUUUAAAACAUGAAGAUUGGGUGAGGUACAGGAGGGCGCACAGUACCUGAGAUGGCACAGCUCAGCAAGGUGACUGUGCCUUAGGAAAGAAGGGAAUUGGCAAGCGGUGGGGUUAAAAAGAACUAUCAGUUCUUGAAUGCGUUUCCUCAUCACGCAAUUCCCAGAAGAUAAAAUAUCACAUUUGCUAGUUACUUUGAAUGUGUAAAUCGCAGCUAUCAAAACUCCAGUUUGUCACUGAAUUUUUGGUGUGACAAUAGGAUAAUCAGAUCAACUCCCACCACUGUGCAUCAACACAGCCAGUGUAUUAAAUAACACAACAGACAGCAAAAAUACGCUUCCUACCAGUAAACUUGGGAAAUGAUGAGUCUUAGCAUUCUAGAAAGGUGCAGUUGUGUGCCUCUCUGUUAUCUCUUUUGAUGACUGGAGAUUUAUUGUGAAAGGUAAACUGAAUUCAACAAGGAAGCAAUGUUUUUGCUAUGACUGAAAUUCUUUUUUCAGGUAUUUUUUUUUUUAAAUGUAAAUCUCUAUGCACCGAUGCUCCAAUGCUGGGCCUGAAAGGGCUGCACAGAACCAAAAGAAAAAGUUACCCACAGAAUGCUGGAAACCUGAAAUAAAUAAUGGAAAUGCACAGUUACCCUCUCAAUGUCUGAACACAAAGACAAGUUCAGAUUUUGGCUUCCAACAUCUCAGACUAGCAGCAGCUGCUGAUUGCUGAAAGGUUCACCUCGCGUUGGGUUUUGCAAAUGAUUUCACAGUUUCGGUGCUAGUCUUGCCGAAUAAGUAAAAGCCUUCCAGCCCUCUAGCAAAAUACAGACUAUUUGAUUUUACAAAAUGGAAUGUUGUGUCAAGCAGUAGGGAGGGUGGGGAUUGAACUUGGCAGGUUUUUUUUGGGAGCUUCCCCCACGCCAUUAAAACGUAGGUUUGUGUUGCUGGGCUGUUUCCUUUUAAUUAGAGUUCACCGAGAGAAACUUUACUCGUGCACGUUAGUUGUCAUGAUAGGAGUCUCGUGUUGAUUGCUUUACAAGAGUUUUGUUUCGAGAAUCUUCCAUUCACCUUAUCAAGGGCUCCUCUCAUUUGGUUCCUCUCUGUCCCCACUUGUGUUCACGCUUUUGUUUUAUUGCCUUCCUCUCUUUGUUACUUCUUUCUCUUCUCUUUGUUUUGUUCCUCCUUCACUUUAUUUUCUUCCAUGCUGUUUUAAUAUUCUCUCUUCUGUAAAACCCUGGAAUGAUGCAGCACAGGAGGAAGCCAUCGGGCCCAUCAAGCCUGUGCGGGCACGCUCAAAGAGACAUCCAAACAGUUCCACUGCUCCACCCUGACCUUUCCCCAUACCCCUGCAAUUUUUUUCAUUUCAAGUAUUUAUGCCGUUUCCUGUCCUUUAUUAUUUAUUAGCAUCAAAUUGUUGUCACAAAUCAUUUGCAUAACUGGAUGGGGCUAAUGAUGAAAAAUAAUUCACUCAAACCUUGUGAUUUUCCACCACUACUGUUUAAAUGUUGAAGAUCCACAAGUUUUCAGAAGUGAGGAAUCAGCUAUUACAACUACAGGACAUUUCAUUUCCUGAAAUCUCCACAGUAAGCUCUUGCAGAUGUAAGCUACUUUUAAAAAUGUGGUAAAAGUAUUUUAGCUUUUAACUUAAAUUUUGCACUGUGUCCUUAGUUUGGGAAAUGCUGAUAUAAUAAGGCUAUAUUUGGGUAGCUGCUGAACCAAAAUGUAACAUUUUGAAGAGGUCAGAAGGUGCAGUGAACUUCCUCUAGUUCACCAACAUCUUUUCAUAAUUGGGGAAAGGUGUUGGGAAGAGAAAGAAAAAUAAAUACUUCCAGCCUUGCGCUGUUUUGCAAAUGCAUAUUGUGGCCCAAGUAGCAGUUGCCCAAAAAUAAGAACAAAAAUCUGGAAACACUUCUGCAACAGAAACAGAAUUAAUAUUUCAGGCCAAUCACCAUUCUGUUUUUAUUUCAGGUUCCUGGCCUGUGAUCUUUUGCCUUUAUACCACUUACACAGGUAGCUUGACUUGAGCUCUUUGACUGACUUGCUUUGCGGCUGAGGGACUCAGCCAGCAGCAGGAGGAGCAUUGAGGAUCAGAGCAGGAAUAAAGCAUGUAUUUUCAGGAUUAAAUUCAAAGAUGAAAGUUCCAAACAAGUCGGUUUAAAAAAUGUAAAGGUUUUGAGGAAGCUGGAAGUUUAAGGACCACUGUCUGGUUUUUAUUUGAUUAAAACAGUACAAUACAGUUCCAGUCUUGCUAUGCAGGAUCUCUGUGCUGUCUGCAGUAUUUCUAAUUAUUUUUAUGGGCAAGUAAUGCUGAUUAAAGGAGCGUAUCCAAACAAGUUCUAAUUUUUCUUCAGGAUUUGUUACAGUAGAUUUAUCACAACUUUGGGCUUUCUUUCUACAGUGCUCUGUUAAUAAGAGAAUACCUUAUUAGGAUAGCAAAGCAGUGCAACCAGUUUUACUGGAGCAAUACUUCCAUUUGCUGUAAAGGAGUUUCACUUCCAAAAGAUUCUCCCAUUUAUAUUAACUUAUGUUUAACAUGUAAUUCACUUUUGAAAUUCUUACAUGCUAGUAUUAAAAAGAAAAAGUGCAGAAUUAUUCCUGUUUUUAUGGUUUUGCUAUCUUGUAUUUUUGUCAGUCCUUUGUGACACAUCUGUAUUUUUUUCAGGGUUAUUGGCUACACUCUGAUCAUAUUGUUUCCCUAUCAGAUUGUUUGUUUCAACUAACUUCUAAUAAAUUAUCUCGGUUGCAUUGAAGUUCAUUGUUAAAUAUUGGUGUCCAUCUUUGAAAACUGGAGUGUGAUUGAAUCAUCACAAAGAAUGUUGCCCCAGUAUGCACAAUGUUAUCUCAGAUAUAUCUAUUAUAUGUUCCGUCAAAUGAUUUUUAAAAAUUCUAAUGUCGUUUACUCCGACAUUCGUAUCAGCUCAAUUUUAAACUUCAUCACUAAAAUUUCUCCAGAAAAAAUACUCUUCUAUCCCUCAAUUGAUACCUUAAUCACUGGAAAUCAUCUGUGUCUAAUAUACUGUAUCCCAUGUAUUCAUAGUUUUAAAUGCUUCUAUUAAAUUACCCUGUAAUCUUUAUAUUAAAAAUUCUUUCCAAUUCUCAAAA